CCUGGGGUCAGCUCCUUCGCCUGCGCCGUCUCUGGUGCCCAUCUUGGGCACGUCAACCAACGAAAGUUUCGAGAAUGGAUCCUACUCUACGAUCCUGCAAGAUGCUAAUAUGAUCAUCUCACGAUCCGCGACUCGUUCCUUGAAUCUCUUCAAGUGCUGCAACAUGUCUCAAGGCAUCGCGACCAAAGCUGUGCUGAUCGAAGAAGGAACGCUGAAGCACUAUGAUCCAAAGCUAUACUAUCCCGUUCGUAUUAAUAAACUUUUCCAUCAUAGAUACAGAACAUGCGUCAAAUUGGGAUACGGUGGGUACUCCACUGUUUGGCUCUGCCGUGAUGAAGCAGAUUGUUCAUACAAGGCUCUGAAGGUAGGGACUUGCAAGAAAGGCCGGUCUAUGACGAAAGAGGCUCAAGUUCUAGAUUACCUGAAGAGCCGUGAUUCUGUUCAUGAUGGCCGGUCCUGGGUUCGAAAUGCUUGCGAUAUCUUCCAGAUCGACGUCCCCGGCGGCUCUCACACUUGCUUGGUGUACGACCCUCUCGGCAUCAGUUUAUCAGAACGCAUCGACCUCCAACCUACCAAAAGACUCGAACUGCCUAUUGUGAAACUAGUCACCUAUUGUCUUCUUUUGGGGAUCGAUUACCUUCAUACUUCAGGCGUAAUCCAUACAGACAUUAAACUCGACAACAUCCAAGAAGCGCUUCCCGACGAUGGCACCGAAAUUCUCACGAGACUUGUUGACGCGGAGAAGAAGGAGCCGGGACCCCAAAAGAUUGUGAACGACAGAGUUACCAUUUACACCUCUCGAAGUAUGGACUACAAGGAGGAAGUCGUGUACCCGAUUCUCGCGGACAUGGGUAUGGCUGUGUUUGGCGAAACAGAAUACAGUCACAUUAUCCAACCGAUUCCGUAUCGUGCUCCAGAAGUCAUUCUUGGAAUGAAGUGGAGGGAAAGCGUAGACAUUUGGAAUUUUGGGGUUCUUGUGUGGGAACUCCUCUGUGGAGAACACCUUUUUGGCAAAGAUAACGAACAGGACACUCUUGCCAAGAUGAUUAGAUAUUUAGGAUCACCCCACGUCGAGUUCUUGAAGCGUAGUGAUGUGCAUUUACAGUAUUUCGACGAGCAAGGGAGCUGGAGAGGGAUUCCCCUGGAGCCGACCGCAUUAAAGGAUAGACUGGAGGGAGCCGGAGACAUCGAUUUAUUCAUAGAUUUUGUGCGACCUAUGCUAUCUUGGGAACCAGAAAAGAGACCGACAGCUGCAGCCUUACUUACGCACCCGUGGCUUCAGUCAUAGUAAUUCUCUGAGCUGACUUCUGACUAGGUGCAGGCGCCGUUGUACAAUUAUUUAUAUCUGCGAACAAUUCCCUUCUACUUGUUAUAAGUAAUUUAUGAACAAUUUUGGUACAAUCUUACGUAAACCGAUGUCGGGGUUCCGGGUAUAAUUUGUCCAGGUACGCGCUCCACCGGGAUCUGAAGGAGUACUACUCUGGGGAAGCUAGAGGCACAAUAUGAUUGGCUUAAGUCAUACGCUUGAGGCUCAUGUUUUGAGGGAAAUGAUUGAUUUAACAACUCCCGCUCUAAGUACACACAAUGACAUCUCGCUAUAGGCGCACAAAGUGACAGUCGAGCUUUGAUUCAGGAGCGACGGAUCAAUAUCACGCGACGUUGUAGGGACAUCAUCGAACGCAUCUCCUUUUUUCGUCCCCUUUCCCUUUGCCGUUCCCUUCACGGUCACUUCACCCGUCUCUUCCAUGUGGAUUGAUUCAACCCGCCCACCCGUCUCGUUGAGCAUUUGAAUCGUAAUGACCUUCUUGCCCGAUCCAUCAUGGCUUGUGUGCAGCUCAGUACCCCUGCAGUGGAUUAGCAUUUAUGAAUGUCCCACGCAGCACAUUAAAGUAUGGGUUACUUGAGUUUGAUAUCCUUAAUCCAAGGGUUCUGUUCAUGAGAUGUCAGUAGGAGAUCGUUGAACUUUAAGAGGCCGGCUGGAUUUACAUA